AUGGUGGACCUCCUGCUCCAUGCCUCUGGUGGACCUCCUGCUCCAUGCCUCUGGUGGACCUCCUGCUCCAUGCCUCUGGUGGACCUCCUGCUCCAUGCCGCGUUCCCGGGUGACAUGGGCGAUCAUUCCACAAAGAAAGCAGGCCUUGCAAUGUGCGUGGGCUGUGGGAGUCAGAUCCACGACCAGUACAUCCUGAGGGUGUCCCCGGACUUGGAGUGGCACGCAGCCUGCCUGAAGUGUGCCGAGUGCCGCCAGCACCUGGACGAGUCCUGCACGUGUUUCGUGCGGGACGGCAAGACAUACUGUAAACGAGAUUACACCAGGUUGUUUGGCAUCAAAUGUGCAAAUUGCAAGGCGGGAUUUUGCAGCAGCGACUUGGUGAUGCGGGCCAGAGAAAGUGUUUACCACGUGGACUGUUUCCGCUGCUCCGCCUGCAGGCGACACCUCCUGCCCGGGGACGAGUUCACGGUGCGGGACGACGAGCUGCUGUGUCGGGCCGACCAUGCCUUGUUGCUGGAUGGGAGCUCCGCGGGGAGUCCGCUCAGCCCCGGGAACGCCCACGCAAGACCUCUGCCCACCUCAGGCCCGGUGUCGGUGUCGGUGUCGGUGUCGGUGCGGCACCAGCGGAACCACGUGCACAAGCCGUCGGAGAAGACCACGAGGGUGCGGACGGUGCUGAACGAGAAGCAGCUGCACACGCUGCGCACGUGCUACAACGCCAACCCGCGGCCGGACGCGCUGAUGAAGGAGCAGCUGGUGGAGAUGACCGGCCUCAGUCCGCGCGUCAUCCGGGUGUGGUUCCAGAACAAACGCUGCAAGGACAAGAAGAGAUCCAUCCUGAUGAAGCAGCUGCAGCUGCAGCAGCACGACGACAAGACGAACCUGCAGGGCCUCACUGGGACGCCACUCGUGGCCGGAAGUCCAAUCCGCCACGACAGCUCCGUGCAGGGCAACACCGUGGAGGUGCAGACCUACCAAGCACCGUGGAAGAGUCUGAGUGACUUCGCCCUGCAGAGCGACCUGGACCAGCCCGUCUUCCAGCAACUGAUGUCUUUUUCGGAGUCGGGCUCCUUGGGGAACUCGUCUGCCAGUGACGUCACUUCUCUGUCGUCACAGUUACCGGACACACCGAACAGCAUGGUUCCCAGUCCAGUGGACACGUGAUGACGUCAGGGGAUGACGUCACCUGAAGCUCGAAGCCUCAACAAGACGAUGUUGAACGUGGAUUUGUAUCACUGAGGAAAAGAUUCCCCACUUUUUUUCUUCUUUGUUGCUCCCGAAGUGGACAAUGUGGGCCGGGAUUCGAACGUGUGGACAAUCUUCCCCACGCGCGUGGAUCAUAUGUGCAUGACGUUAUCGACUCUUUCAAUGUCCAAGACACACAACAAGGCUCUUGGAAAUAACUUAUUAUUACUACUAUUUAUUAUAAGAAGACACACGCCAAUCUUGCCAAUAAAAAGACACUUCAAGAAUCCAUUUGGUCCUUCGCGUCAAAUGGGUGAGGGCGGACCUACGUCACUUCCGCCUACCAAUCCCCUAGCAACCGGGAAUUCGUUGAAAACAAAGCAGCUCACAGCGAACACAGCAUUGACAGAAAAAGCAUUUAACGAGCGUUGUGGCUUGGAAGUCGGCGUUAAAUCCUUCAUUUAAGCAUUUUUACUUAUUCGCAUAUCGUGUGAAAAAACGAAAAUGUAUUUGCGUCAGACUCGUCUCAGUGAACUUUAAAGCUUCUCAGGCUUAGCUUAGCUUGCUAGUUAGCUUAGCCUGCGCGCUACUAAGAAAGAGACGCGGAAGUUAACAACAAGAUCAAGUGUUAGUGUAUAAAAUAUUGAGAGAUUUGAGGGCUACAUGUAUUGUUUAAGUACAACUGUUCUUCGCCAGGUGUUCUUUGGCCGCCCUGGCUUACGUUUUCCCGGUGGUGUCCAUCUUAACGCUGCCUUUGGUAUCCCCUCGUUGUUCGGUUUUCGAAAAUAGCUAGCUAGGCUAUAGACUAUAUAGUAUAUACCGCAUGUUAUUUUUGUACAACAACAACUUCAGCUGUCGAACGUUAUAAGGCAAAAAUUCAACAAGUACAACAUUAGCACGGACGGUAUAGCCAAGUUGUGGUUAAGAAGGUGGAUUUUUGUUCCUUAUAUUUACCAGAAACGAAGUGAUCCGAACACACGACCCGGGACUUUGGGGGACUCCAGUGAGAACCGUCCUCGUUUUACCGGUGUAAAGCUGCGAGCCAUUUGUCUCGUCUCUGUGGGCUUUUAUCACGCUUUGUCUGAACAAAAUACAACCUUUGUUUUCCCUGUUUCCAGUUGUGGUUAGCACAACCAAAAACAACACAGUUUUCGGCAUUUUGGAGGCAGAAUGACGGGUUUAACCAGCGUAGGUCGACAGGUUAAAGAGUAAUGGCAACGGUUUGUUUUCAACGCCAGUCUCGUUGCUAUGGCUCGAAGAACCCGUAUGUAGCUCAGUUGCCCGGAUGUCGGCCCUCACCCAUAACCAAAAAAAGGACUGCGAUAAAUAUGCCUGCUUAAAAUGUCAAGAAAUACAAUGAAAUAGUUUGCUUAAAAUGGAAAAUUAAGCGAAAUAACGUUUAAUUUUAAAAUUAUUUUUGGAUUGUAAAAAAAAAAAAUUUUUUUUAAAAAGAGUAUUAUUUCUAAAUGUCUAGAUAUUAUCGGAUCUGGCAUCACCUGGCUACCAAACACACGUUUAAAGUGUGUGUGCGUGGGAGCACUGACUCCACGCCCUCA